AUGGACUACGACAAAAAGCAAAACAUCCAUGUGGAUAUUGAAGCACUUGACGAUGAUUUGUCCCUUAGCACUCAACAAUCUGCAAUAGAUUACUUUAAACAUGAAAAUACUCUUGCAUCAGCUUUGAAGUCAAGGCAUUUGGGUAUGUUGACCCUUGUUGGUGUAUUUGGUACGGGACUUUUCUUAUCAUCAGGUGCAACUUUAGCUACUGCAGGUCCGGUGGGUAUGUUACUAGGCUAUUCUUUUGUAGGUCUUGUGGUUGGUUUCAACCAAAUGUGUAUCACUGAAUUAGUAUGUCUUAUGCCUGUGACAUCUGGUUAUGUCAAGCAUGCAGAACAUUUCUUCGAUGAUGCUUGGGGUUUCAUGCUUGGUUGGAUUGAUGUAUAUUCAAAUGUUCUCCCCACUGAAUUGUCAGCUGUGGCUGUUGUUAUGUCCUAUUGGACAACUGCUUCCCCUGCUAUUUUUAUCACCGUUUUCGGUUUGGUAAUAGUAGCUGUUAACGGGUACAAUAUUAGAUGGUAUGGAGAAAUCGAGUUCUUCUUUGGUUGUCUCAAAAUCAUGUUGGUAAUCGGACUCUGUCUUACUGGUUUGAUUAUUGACCUUGGUGGAGUCUCUGGAGUAGACAGAAUUGGAUUCCGAUAUUGGAAGAACCCUGGUCCAUUUGCUGCUAUGUAUACCACUGGAUCUAUGGGUAAAUUUGCUGCAUUCUUCAAAGCAAUUAAUUCUAUUGUCUAUGCUUAUGGUGGCUUGCAGUCUAUUGUAUCUGUAUUAGCUAGUGAGGCGGAAUAUCCAAGAAGAACCGUCUAUCGUGCCUCUAGAAGAGUUUUCUACCGUUCCUUUGCCAUGUACCUUUGUACCGUUUUCGUGUUAACCUUAAUUUUACCAUACAAUGACAAGGCUAUUGCGUCUCCAACUGGAAAUGCGGCCGGUUCUCCGUUUGUCAUUGCAAUCAAAAGAGCAGGUAUACCAGUCUUACCUCAUAUUAUCAAUGCUAUUGUGCUUACCUCGGCCUUAUCAGCUUCUAAUCUUCAAGUAGCCAAGGCGUCUCGUACCUUGUUUGCUUUGGCUUCAAAGAAACAAGCUCCUAAGAUUUUCCUCACGGUUAACAAGCAUAAGUUGCCUUAUGUUGGAGUCAUAUUCAGUUGUGCCUUUAUUCCCUUGGCAUAUAUGUCUAUUUCAUCUAGUUCAUCAACUGUAUUCAGCUGGUUUCAAAACUUAACGUCGUCUUCUAUUUUGUUGAACUGGAUUGCUAUUGCUCUAAACCAUAUCUUUAUGAUGAGAGCAAUGAAUGCCCAAGGUUAUACCAGAGACAAAUUACCAUACACCUUCAAACUUGCAGUAUUUGGUUCAUGGUUUUCCCUCCUUUUCUCUGUCAUAUUCCUCUUGAUUGGAGGCUUCCCUGUUUUUAUCAAGGGUCAUUUUUCAAUUGCUGGAUUGUUUAGUGCAUAUUUUAUUAUACCUUUGGCUGCAAUUUUAUAUUUGUUCUGGAAGUUUCUUAAGAAAACAGAAAUAAAAAAUCCUAAGGAUGUUGAUUUAAAGAACUUAUUCCAAGACGCUCUUGACAAGCCUGAGCCCCCCUUCCCAAAGAAGACUGGAUGGGAUUACUUGAAGUUAAUUUGGGACUAG